UAAUUACGCAUGGGCUAGGGCUAGGACUAGGGGGAGAAGCAGCAAACAAUAGCAAUAGUAGAAAGAAUAGAAACAAUGCACUUGUAACCAUCAUGAGAGACAGAAGCAAUAACAGGAAGCCGCUGCAGAAAGGCCGGAAUCUCAGCAUCGAAGCCAUUCAAACGGUUCAGGCACUCAAGCGGGCCAGAGCCACUAGUAGUUGUCCGCUGGAGCCUGCCCUUGAGACCACUUUUAGGCGUUUGCUCAAGCUCGAUAUGAUAGCCGUUCUACGCGAACUCAUUCGCCAGAACCAGUGUUAUUUGGCUCUUAAGGUUUUCGAAGAAAUUCAGGAGGAGUAUUGGUAUAGGCCUCAAAUAUCACUGUAUGCUGAAUUGGUCUCACUUUUGGGAAGCAAUGGAUUGCUUGAAGAGGUUGAACUGCUUUUCAUUAAAUUGAAGAAGGAACCUUGUUUAGAGCCUGAUAUUAACGGUUUUAAUGCAUUGCUGGAGAUUUUAGCAAAUUUCAACCUCACUGGACUUGCAGUUGAGUGCUUUUACCUGAUGAAAUCUAUAGGUUGUGACCUGGAUAAGUUGUCAUUCAAGAUAUUAAUCAAUGUUUUAGAGUCAAAUGAGGAAGCAAGUCUUUCAACUUGUUUUCGACUGGAAGCCCAGAAAUAUUUUGGAGCUGCUAGAUGCAAUCUGAUAGCACCUCCCAUUGCAAGUGUUUAGCAUUUUCUACCCUGUCAGAGACUUCACCAUUCACCCCAUCAUUGGUGAUUAGGACUUGCACAAAGUAUGAACUUCCUGUCAACUCCACAUUUUUCCCUG